AAAUUUAUUAAUGCCUAUUAUGGCUUCUCGUUUAUUUUGUCAUUUACGUUCUGCAAGCACUUCAGCAAGUAAAGUUGUUCCUCCUUAUAUUAAAGUGUUUGACAGAGAAACAAAGCGUAAACAAAGAAACUGGAGUGCAAACCAAUCUGAGUUUGAAUUAACUAGAUUUAUACGAGAUGAGUUUGGCUAUCGUCUGGCUGAUAAAGGUUUUUAUUCCUUUUAA